AUGGGCAGUUUGAAAGAGCUUUGCGACGGACUACCCCUGGAUCCACUCCCCCAGCCGCGCCCCCGUGACGAAAGCGUUGCCCAUGCUCCAGUGCUCAACACCGAACUCAACGCUUCCGAAACGCGGCUGGCCCUUCAGAAUGCCCUGCGAUACUUCCCAUCUUCUCUUCAUGAGACCUUGGCAUCUGAGUUUGCUUCUGAACUGAGGAACUAUGGUCACAUCUACAUGUACAGGUUCAGGCCUCAGCUGGAGAUAAGAGCUUACCCGAUAGACGAGUAUCCUGCGAACUCACGUCAGGCUGCUGCCAUCAUGCUGAUGAUAAUGAAUAACCUAGACCCACACGUUGCUCAGUUUCCACAUGAAUUGGUGACAUAUGGAGGCAAUGGACAAGUGUUUUCCAACUGGGCUCAGUUCUGGUUGGUGAUGUACUACUUAGCUCAGAUGAGUGAGGAACAGACUUUAGUCAUGUCUUCAGGGCAUCCUUCUGGUCUCUUUCCAAGUCAUCGGGAAGCACCCAGAGUAGUUGUCGCCAAUGGCAUGAUGGUACCCAAUUAUUCAACGAGGGAGAAUUACAACAGACUCUUUGCAAUGGGAGUGACUAUGUAUGGACAGAUGACAGCCGGGAGCUACUGCUAUAUUGGCCCACAAGGAAUCGUUCAUGGAACAACGCUGACGGUGCUGAAUGCCAGUCGGAAGCACAUUGGUACGAGUGACCUGAGAGGUCGUGUCUUUGUGACCUCUGGCCUAGGGGGCAUGAGUGGUGCCCAGGCCAAGGCAGCGGUCAUCUGCGGCUGUGUAGGGGUGGUAGCAGAGGUCAGCAAGGAUGCUCUGAUGAAGAGAUACAACCAGGGGUGGGUGAUGCAAGUCGUUGAUGACGUCGAUGCUCUUAUUCAAAGCAUCAGACAAGCACGGAAUGCUCAGGAAGCAGUGAGCAUUGGUUACCAUGGAAAUAUUGUUGAUGUUUGGGAGAGACUGGCGGUGGAGUAUGAAUCUACUGGGGAACUCUUGGCUGAUCUUGGCUCUGAUCAGACCUCUUGUCAUAACCCAUUCAACGGAGGCUACUAUCCUGUACAAUUGACCUUUGACCAGGCCAAUGACAUGAUGGUCAGUGACCCCGUCAGAUUCAAGAAUCUGGUCCAGGAAAGUUUGCGGAGACAGAUCGCAGCCAUCAAUAAGUUAUCAGAAGUGGGAUUGUAUUUCUUUGACUAUGGGAAUGCUUUUCUCCUUGAAUCAAGCAGGGCUGGAGCGGAUGUACAAGGUGGAUCAGGAGGAGCUUGUGCAGGCAACAGAUUCAAGUAUCCCUCAUAUGUUCAGGACAUCAUGGGUGAUAUCUUCUCCCUUGGCUUUGGUCCAUUCCGGUGGGUCUGUUCAUCUGGAGACUCCAAUGACCUGGCCAUGACUGAUGAGAUUGCUGCUAACGUCCUAGAAGACUUCAUCAAUGCUGGAGUGCCAGAGUCGACAGAGCAGCAGUAUGAGGACAACAUACGCUGGAUCAAAGAAGCAGAGAAACACAAGAUGGUGGUGGGCUCGCAGGCCAGGAUCUUGUACUCUGACCAGCGAGGGCGCAUUGCCAUAGCUCUUGCCUUCAACGAGGCGGUGCGUGAGGGCAAGCUGAAGGGACCAGUCAUCAUCAGCAGGGACCAUCAUGAUGUUAGUGGGACGGAUAGCCCCUUCAGAGAGACCUCCAACAUCUAUGAUGGCUCAGCAUUCUGUGCAGACAUGGCCAUACAGAAUGUGAUUGGUGAUUCCUUCCGUGGGGCCACCUGGGUCGCUAUACACAACGGGGGUGGUGUUGGCUGGGGAGAGGUCAUUAACGGAGGAUUUGGUAUGGUUCUAGAUGGGACCAAUGAGGCUGACAGGAGGGCUAAGAAGAUGCUUGGUUGGGAUGUGUCCAAUGGGGUGACCCGUAGGAGCUGGGCUGGUAACAGCAAGGCUAAGGAGACCAUCUGCAGAGCCAUGGAUGAUGAUCCCAACCUCAAGGUUACAGUCCCACAUGAGGUCCAGGACCCGGGACUCCUGGAUCGGGUCCUAGGGGAUUAGAAGAUCCCAUGAGGUCCAGGUCCUUUGGGACUCACCUGUGUAUUGCCCUCUUGGCAAUAAACAGGUGAAGUCUUAUUAUUUCCAACUAGUGUGCCUUUAUGUAGUUUCAAAACCAGAUUCAUCCUCAUCAAUUUUCUGUGUCCAGGUUUUGAGGGACUAAAAGAUCCCUUGUAGCUAGAUCUAACACAAACUACACAGGCAAAUGUAUGUAGAUUUUAAGUUUGUAGCUAAUGUUCGUUUCUCUUCAAGGCUUAUUAAUUGGUGUCUCAUUCCAAUCAUUCCUCUUAGACUAAAAAGAUAGCUAGCCAAACAGUAUUAAACUACUUUGGCAAUAUAUCAUGUUAAUACUAUGUGCCUUAUUGUGUGCAUCAAUCAACAAUCACAAUUUUUUAUUCAGAUUUUGUUAAGUGGAUUAUUAACUUAUGUGCCAUUCAUUUUUUCCAUUCAAGUUAAGUAUACCGGUACAUAGCGUAGUAUAUUAUAACAUUUAUUGAAGGAACUGUUUUAAUAAAAUGUGAGGCUGUUUUUGCUGUGUUUUUUUUAAAGAAUAUAUCUUUGUCAUGUGAGUAAAUUUCUAAAUUUGCACAUGUUUUUCAAUCAUAUUUUUUUCAAUCAUAAUCACAUUUCAAUCAAAUAGGUUCUUAAUUAUUUUGAAUUAUGUGUGUACGAACAAUCACAUUUUUAUAUUGUUUGUGUGAUAGGAAUAUUGAAUAAUGAUUGUGUUUCUUUAAAAAAAUCAAAAAAUUGGUUUAUUAAGCAAAUUCUAACUUAUUAGUAUGUUAGAAGUUGCCAUACACCACAGGCUGAAUAUUAAAGGCUGAUAUCAAAUGAAAGAUUAUAUUUCAUUUAAUAAGCCAGUUUUCAGUUCAUGUUCAGUAACAUGCAAUAGCCUUCCAAAGUGAACAAAAACAAUCAUUUCUGAAAUUUGAUGUGUCUUCCAAUAUCUACAACACUGUUGAUUUAUGUAUAGAUGUGUAUAUACUUCAUCCCUACACUACACUAUAGAUAUGUACAUAAUCAUGAUAAUGGCAUGUUGCUUACAUACAACACCACAUGGUUUUUGUGCAUAUACAUUAUUAGUACAGAAUAAAAACUCUGUAAUUUGGUGAUCAUGAUAGUUUUAGAUCAAUAUUUACUGAUGAAAGUUGUCUGUAUUGUUACAUGAUCAAUUAUCAAAUAUCUUCCACUUCGAUUCAUUGAAACCACCAUGUAGAAUGCUUUAGGCAUGGCAUCAAGAAAGCUGAAAUAUAUGAAUAUUACUGCCCUUUCUUGGGGGAAGUGCCUUCAAGGUGUAUAUAUUUUUUUUCUUUCUUAUAUGAUAAGAUUAUUUUUAUCAAAUCAAUCAGUGAGAGAGCCUCGACAGUAAUACUCUAAUAUUCGUAUUCAGCUCUAUUUUUCAAUGCAAUGUUUUUUUAAAUGGAAACUUAUCUUGUCUCUUAUAUUUGACCAAAGGCUGUUUAAGUAGUGUGCUGUUAUUGAGGAAACAUAAUACUGCCGACAUUCAUUUCUGCUCUUGAUGAUAUUCAAAUGAGAGGAGAGGUUUUUAUGUAUGAUCUUUGACUGAAAUAUUGAGAAGUGUACUUACAUAUACGUGCAAGCUUCUUGUACUUCCACUGAAAUGUUAGUGAAUGCCAUAUACAGUGUACCGUAGUCUUGAUCCUUUUUCUUUGCUGUGUCUUCUACUUUAUGAUUAAACAGUGACAAAUAGUA